AUGGCAUCCACAGCACUCCACAUACUGGAAGACUCAGGUGUUCCCAAUGCCAGUACGAACUACACGACGCUGGUCGUUAUUCACGGGUACACAUGGCACUCAGGUAUCUUCUCCAAGUUUGUCCCUCUCGCAAAGGAUUGUAACACACGUGUGAUCCUUGUGAAUCGGAGGGACUACCCGGGGGCUCGGCCAUUCACGCAAGAAGAACGCGCAUUGCUGCCUUCACUCCCUACCGAGGAGGCGGCGAGCGCGACCGAGAUCGCCGAGGCGACGCAGAAGAUUGAUGUUUUCAUGAAAGAGCGAGCACGGGAGGUGUAUGACCUCCUAAUCGAGCUAGUGAAGAAUGAAGACCUACCACCGUUCCAGCGAGAGAGGAACACGGGCGGAAUCAUCGUCGCAGGCUGGUCUUUCGGAACCGUCUGGAUCACUGCUCUUCUCGCACACUCAGCCUCAUUCGCCACAAACAGCGUAGAUCUGAGCGCAUAUAUGCGGCGCGUCAUUUUCUUCGAUCCGUCCUACCACCUCCUCGGAUAUCUACCGCCGGAAACUUCCGGGUACCACCCCCUCCUCGACCCCGAGCUCACCCCGGAGACCAUAGACCAUGUCUUCGCCCGAUGGGUCAGCGGUUACUACGGCCACGGUGACUCGCUGGAGACGCUCGAGCAGAAGACACCCGUGCAGGAUCCGCCGCCGACGAUCGCCGCGCUGACCCCCGAGGAAGUAGUGCGGGCCCAGUACCUGCCGCCGGGCGCGUCUGGGGGGUCCGACGCGCUGCUAUUCCAGAGCGGACGUAGGCUGGGUCUGUUCAAGACCCUCAAAGAGCGGGCGCUGUACCUGCCAAGUCCGGGCGCCCCGUCGGUGACAGCGGGGAAUACGUGGCCCGAAGUCGAAGUCUGCUUCACCUGGUGCUUGCGCUCUACCUGGGACACUACCUGGGGUGCGUGGGCGCUCAGGAAGGAGCUCGAGGACGCGGAGCAGAAAGGCGUCGCGAUUCGGCGUGUGAGGAUGAUGCGGAUUCGGGGUGCAAACCACUUUGUAUCUUGGGACCAGCCGGAGAAGGCCUUUCGUGCUCUGGUUGGGGAUGAGGAUGACGUCCAGUAG